AUGGGCCGUAUCCGUAACGUAUGCCGAAUGCCCGAGUGCAACCUGAUCGACUCCCAUAUCGCAACGGCAGAUGAGAACUCCAACCCAAUCUACACGCUGCAGACCACUGAACCCAGCGGCCAGUUCGUGUUCGCCCCACUGAGGUUAGAGUCUGGUGUGGAGCAUCGAUUCAUCAUGGGCACAGGAAGCAGCGAAUCAAUCCUACCGAAAUCAGCACUCAAUGCGAUUUGUUCUAAUGCUGUUCUAGUCCCGACUUCUGUACGCAUUCAUGGGGUUACUGGCCAUCAGUUGCAAUUGCUUGGCGAAACGAUGUUUUGCGUUCAAUCUGAAUCCAACGUAUCAAUCCCAAUCCGAUUCCUGAUAUCAGCCCACAUUCCGUCUAUUCUGGGCCUUCGAGCAAUGCGGCUACUACAAUCACCUCACAUCUUCCAACAUUUGAUUGUACAGUGUUCCGGUAACGUUGGUGGCAUGAAAGUACCGUCGGUGAAGUUGGAAGUGGACGGUGAACCUAUUUUCUUAAAACGACGCGUCCUCCAAUACGGUCAACGGGAAGGUGUCCUGAAAGCAUUAUAG